AUGGGAGCUUCAAGCGAUAGUGAAGACGACCACGAGCUACUAUCUUACGGACAACCUUCAUCUUCCUCAACCGACAAUCAUCCCCAUUCUCAACCACUUCUAUCCAAUGGUGAACCGUCCUCCUCAAGUAGAUCACAUCGUCAUUCAUCUUUUCACAGGAGGCACCCAACACUGCAUUACGUGGUGAAGAAAUGGUGGAAACCGCUGUUCGCAAUAUCACUUCCGUUCCUUCUGUUAUUCAUCUAUGCCUUGAUACAUCCCCAUGUCAAGGGUUUACCACCAUUACCGAAAGUCCAUUUUUCAUCUGGAUCGAGCUCCGAACUCGUACCUGAAAAAGUGUAUGAAGAGAAGAUAGUGGAAGGAUGUACGUGUGGUAUAACGGAUGAAGGACGUCGAUUGUGUGACGUCUAUAACGAAGAGGGACUGAGGAAUAGUAGAUUGGUUCAAGGGUCUGGAGCCAGGAUGAGAAGGAUGUUACAGAAGGCUAGAGAGGGGGAAGGACUUAAGAUUGGUGUAUUGGGUGGAAGUGUAUCCGCAUGUCACGGUGUGCACCCAAGUGCAGACUACCCACAAGGUGAUCCAGCUGGACCAGGAUGUUAUACGACGUUGUUGAAACAGUGGUUUGAAAAUACUUUUCCAGAUGCGGAUCAUGAUUUUAUGAAUGGUGCUAUAGGUGGUAUGGACUCGAGCUACUACGCUUUCUGCGGUACACAUCACAUAGCGACAGAUACAGACCUGAUAGUGUUAGAAUUCGAUGUGAAUGAUCAAGCGGAUCUCCUAUAUCAAGCAUUCUUCGAUCAACUUCUCCGAGCUUUAUCAGAAUUCACCACCCAACCUGCCAUCUUGAUACUGGGAGCAUGGAGUCCUCAAGUAGCUCAGGAUCAAGGAUAUGGUGAUCCCCAAAUUGUCCACGCACCCAUAUCGUUAUAUUACGAUGUACCGUACAUAUCGAUGAAGAGGUUGAUGUUCAAUCAUUAUUUGAGGUUCCCCAAAUCGACUGCAGAGGCUUUCUUCCAACCGGAUUUGGUACAUCCCAAAGCACGAGGGCAUCGCAUACUCGCCGACCUCCUCAUAUCAUACCUAGAGUCCGAAUUAUGCAUGUUAACGCACUACGGCCUACCCGUCGUACCCUCCAUAUCAGAAACCAUAUCGACUUCCGAGCCAUUCUCAAAUUUCGUCGAUACACCAUUCCCUCUCGACACAUUACAUCUGAUAGAUCCAAUUACUCCACCGCCAGGAUGGGAAGCUACCUUCGAUACUGAACCAUUGGAAAAACUGAAAUUGGAAAAUAGGAAAUUCGUCUUACCUACUACACCAUAUUUCGUUCCACCCGUUGGGAUCUUUACUCCACUCAGAGAAGUCGUCAAUCCGAUGAAGGAAGAUCCAAGUUCGGGUAAACAUAUAACGGGGUUGAUACAGCCUGAAUUGUUCUGUGCGGAUGCGAAUGAUAAAGAGAAUCCUAUGAAACCUACUAGUUCGGAGGGAUGGAAACCUUUUGUGUGGAAUGGGGAAAAACAUUAUUGGGUUUCUGAUACCCCUGGAGCGAGGAUUAGGGUGGAGAUCAAAGUGACUGCUGGAAGAGUCGCUGUGUACUAUUUCCGAAGUCAGCAUUAUAAUCUUGGUGAUGCUCGAUGCUGGGUGGAUGAUAACGAGAAAGGAGCAGUUCAUUUGGCAGGGUAUUGGAAGAAACAGUAUAACGUCGCUAUCGUCGCAUAUAUAGAUGAGAAAGUCACUCCGGGUGAUCAUUACGUUACAUGCGAAGUAGCCCAAAACACCUCGCACCCUACCAACCCCGAUGCUCAUCAUUUCAGAUUAACAGCUAUAAUGGCCACAUAG